AUGAAACUUAGAGGAGACUUUAUUGAAGCAAUUAGCAGAUUAUAUGUUGAAAAGCAUAAACCUUAGUAAUACAAGAAACUUAUUGAUAAGGAAUAAUAAGAUGAAACUUUUACUUGGUCUUUUACUAAGAUUGCAUUGCAUAAUAAAAGCUUCUAUGAUUUAAUAAAUAAACAAGAGGGGUUCUUAGCUCUUCAAUCCUAUUUCCUCAAAGCUACACUACUUCUUGACAGAGAUGCAAUUGCUUUUCCCUAAUCAUCAGUAAACGGGGACUAAAUACCUUUACUGUAUCAACAACUAUCAUCUUACCCCGGAAAUGGAUAGAAUAGAUACACAGCUAAUACUAAUUGUUACUCAAACUUUUGCUUUGAAGUGGAUGAAUUCAAAUUCUUUAAGAUCAUAUAAAAUGUAGUUGAGUAUCAAAAAUCUGCAUCAAAUGAAGUUGAUUUAGAGGAUGAAAUUAUUCAAAAAGACACAGUAAGUGAUUAAGAUGAUAAUAAUCAUUCAUACGCAGAUGCCAAUCAAUUAGACUGGCUAGCAAGUACAGAGCUUUACGAUAUUCUAGACUCUUGUGGAUUUGAGUCAGUUGGCUUCAGGGAAUUCUGCGCUUUCGUAUUAAUAGUAGCAGCUAUACCCUCGGCUUAGCUAACUAAAUGCCUCUAUGACCACUGUGCUCUGUUGUUUGAUAUUGUUGCAGCUGGUUAGAUCAACAUUUCUGGGGAAAGAAUGAAACUGCUCGGAAGAAUAAUUAGCAUAAAUGAAGACAUAAUGUAAAACAUAUGUGAUCAGUUUGACGUCGGGUUUACGACUAUCGUUUCCUAUGAGGAUUUUCAAAUGUACUAUUUUGAAGUCUUCUAACAAGUAGACUCUAUUAUUCAGGAUUAAUUGAUGGAGUAGUAGCAAUUGAAGUAGUUAUAAGAGGAUAAUUAGCAAUACAAUUAAAAUGAAACAGACGAGAAUCAAAUUGAGUUGGUGAAUAAUAAGACCACCAAGACUAAGAAUAAUGCUUAGUAUAAUCAGCUAGUUCAAGAUUCAAUUAAACUAGAAGAUCAUAAUCAUAAUAAGAUAGAGGACUCUGUUAAUUAAAUAGACUCUAGCUCCUUUCUAUUUGAAAAGAUAAACAAUUCAAAGGAUAAUGAGAAAUUGAUAGAAAAGCUCAAGAAACCUAAGCCUAGAAAACUUGAACCUCUCAUGAAUGAAAAUAAUUAGCAGCCUUUAUAAACGAAGAAAAAGGCUGUAGACAAAAAUAAAACAAGGGAUUCGAUCUUAAAUCAAAACAUUAAUGAAGAAGAUGAGGAAGGCAAUGAGAGCGAGAGAUAUAGAGGUGGUGCAAGCAAUACAGCUUUUAUUUAAAGUAGCACAGUCAGAGGAGACGCUUAUAAUAAUAGUAGAGAAAGUAAUAAUGAGAGAGCAAGUAUCGUUAAAACAGGGUUAUAGACUGAGCUUAAAAAGAGUAAGCAGAAUGCCUUUUGUUGCAGGCCUGGAGCAUGCAGUAUUUUCUGA